UAACUAAGCUUAUAUUUAUAUACGCGAAACCAAAAAAGCACCCGCCUGUUUUACUGCAGUCAGCCCUAGUAUUGGAUUUGGCGCUACAUUGCAACUCUUGAUAAAUCUCCAGCCACACCUUCUCGCGUUGAAUAAUUUGAAUUGGCUUUCUUCUCCAGAGAUCAGAAGUGACUGAAUAUGGAUUUUGAUGAAUAUGAGUAUUUAGAAAAAGCAGUUGAGAAUCUUGAGCCUCAAAAGUCGAAAAAUGAAGAUGGAAAUGACAGCUUUAAUGCUGUCAAAUCGGAGAGAAGUCGGAAUAGGAGUUCUAAGCAUAAGAGGGAGGAGCGAGCUGAUGAUUCUGAUGAUUAUAAUCAUCUUUCCAAGCACUCAAAGUCAAAAGAGGAUUCAUGGCAAGAUCAUGACAGGCACAAGGAACGAGGCUUAUCUCACAGACAGUCACAGUCUAGAGACGGGAGAAGGAUAGGCACCAAAGUAGUCGAGAACACAGAGCCAAGGACCCCAAGGAUAGGGAAGAGAGAAAUGGGAGGGAAAGAGAGAAGGAACGUUUUAGGAAAGACCGUGAUCGUGAAAGUGAGAGGGACGGACAAAGGGAAAGGGAGAGAGAGCGGUCAAGGAGAAGCAGGAGUCGAUCAGAAAGAGAACCAGACAAGAGUCAUGACAGAGAGUUUAGAGAAAGAGAAAAGGAAAGGGAGCCAAGGGAACAAGACAGAGAAAGCAGGAGAUAUAGAAACAAAAGGAAGAUGUGGCAGAGCCUGAGGUUGAUCCAGAAAGAGAUCAGAGAACUGUCUUUGCUUAUCAGAUAUCCUUGAAGGCUAAUGAAAGAGACGUUUAUGAAUUCUUCACUAGAGCUGGCAAGGUGCGAGAUGUUCGCCUCAUAAUGGAUCGAAAUUCAAGACGUUCUAGGGGGGUUGGGUACAUUGAGUUCUAUGAUGUAAUGUCAGUCCCCAUGGCAAUAGCCCUCUCUGGACAGCCUCUUCUUGGUCAACCAGUGAUGGUGAAACCGUCUGAAGCUGAGAAGAAUCUUGUUCAGUCAACUACAUCUGUGGCAGCCGGACAGACUGGUCCAUACGCAGCUGGGGGUAGAAGGUUGUAUGUUGGUAACCUACAUUUCAACAUCACGGAAGAUCAACUUCGUCAGGUUUUCGAAUCUUUUGGUUCUGUGGAGUUGGUCCAGUUGCCUCUUGAUGAAACCGGUCAUUCUAAAGGUUUUGGUUUUGUCCAGUUUGCCCGUCUGGAAGAUGCAAAGAAUGCACUGAAUUUGAAUGGACAGCUGGAGAUUGGGGGUCAAGUAAUCAAGGUAUCAACUGUUACCGAUCAAAGUGCAUUGCAAGAUGUUGGGACAACUGCAGCUGAUCUUGAUGAUGAUGAUGGUGCUGGUGGCUUUUCUUUGAAUUCAUCAUCUCGAGCACUUCUUAUGGCAAAGCUGGAUCGCAGUGGCACCGCAUCAAGUAUUACUGGCUCGGUAGGCAUCCCUGUUAAUAAUAUCACUGGCCUUACUGCUUCAACAGCACCAAUUAUUGGAGUUGCACCGUUGUUGCCAUCCCUUGUUCCUCCUACUAUACAGGCCUCUACUUCUACAAUUUCUGGACUUCCAGGUGGCCUACAACUCCCUACUAAUGGCAUCCCUACUAUUGACACAAUCGGAAGUCCAAGCGAAUGCCUAUUGUUAAAGAAUAUGUUUGAUCCAACUCUGGAGAUGGAACCUGAUUUUGAUCUGGAUAUCAAAGAAGAUGUUCAGGAAGAAUGUACUAAAUUUGGGAAAGUGAAGCAUAUACAUGUAGACAGGGAAAGUGCUGGUUUUGUCUACUUACGAUUUGAGGAUGCACAAGGUGCUAUCAAUGCUCAACGGAACCUACAUGGUAGAUGGUUUGCUGGAAAAAUGAUCACCGCAACAUUCCUGGUGCCACAAACUUACGAAUCAAAGUUUCCAGAAAGCAACAGAUAGUUGGAUGAUGUUUCCAGAAAGAGGUUUAAAUCCCCGCAUGAACUACAAAUCCCUUGGAACUCGUUUGGUAAGGGAAAUUUAAGCAUAUAUAUUUUUUCCCAUGUUUGAUAUACCCAUUUGAAGAAGGUAGGAACCACUUUUUGGUACAACUAGGAAUAGUUGUGAUGACAAUGGAAUACUUGUAAGACCUUUCUUUUGUGUGUUUAAUAUAAAGAUUAUCAUGUCUUAUUUUCUAACAA